AUGGGCAGCGCUGCGGAGGAUCCACGCGCCCUCAUACGAGCAGAUCAUCAGGAGGAUGAGAUUGGGGAGAGGAUGCUUUCGGCCAGCGUUCCUUGGUAUCUCCGCGUCGCUGGAAUGGCCCUGGUAUUUAGUGCGGGCCUUCUGAUGUUAACCACCAGAUCUAUGCAGCAUGCCAUGGAAGCUUUGGGAGAUUCGCCCAGCCAGGCGCUGGCGGUUGGAUAUCCUGGUUAUACAAUGCACCGCCGGACAGCGUGCAUCGACCGGAACGGUGCAUCCAUAAAAGGUAUGGAAGACGUGCAGAAGGAGUACAUGCGCAUGUCUGUAUAUUGUGCUCAUAAGUGCAAUGAACAUAAGGAUUGCGCAGGCUUCCUCUUCCGCGACAACGACAUCCCGGGCAAGACAGCUCCGCCGGCCCAUCCACGGGGUGGGUACUGCUGGCUUUUUUCCCAGAUUUCCAAGGACAUCGAACACGACUGCUUGCGAACCCCAGACCUUCGAGAGAGAGCCGAGCCCUUCACCACCUACGUCCGGGACCAUAUGCCCUAA